GCGCUCCUGGCUUUCACCCUGCUCUGCCUGCCCUGGCCGCAGGAGGUGGGUGCCUUCCCGGCCAUGCCCUUGUCCAGCCUGUUCGCCAACGCUGUGCUCCGGGCCCAGCACCUUCACCAGCUGGCUGCUGACACCUACAAAGAGUUUGAGCGCGCCUACAUCCCCGAGGGACAGAGAUACUCCAUCCAGAAUGCCCAGGCUGCCUUCUGCUUCUCGGAGACCAUCCCGGCCCCCACGGGCAAGGACGAGGCCCAGCAGAGAUCUGACAUGGAGCUUCUCCGCUUCUCGCUACUGCUCAUCCAGUCCUGGCUCGCACCCGUGCAGUUUCUCAGCCGGGUCUUCACCAACAGCCUGGUGUUUGGCACCUCGGACCGUUUCUACGAGAAGCUGAAGGAUCUGGAAGAAGGCAUCCAAGCCCUGAUGCGGGAGCUGGAAGACGGCAGCCCCCGGCCCGGGCAGCUCCUCAAACAAACCUACGACAGGUUUGACACCAACUUGCGCAGCGACGACGCGCUGCUCAAGAACUACGGGCUGCUGUCCUGCUUCAAGAAGGACCUGCACAAGGCGGAGACGUACCUGCGGGUCAUGAAGUGUCGCCGCUUUGUGGAAAGCAGCUGUGCCUUCUAG